UGUUCGUAACUAAUGUAAAUAAACAUAAUGGCUGACGUUGUCGAAAACGUGCUCAAGGAAGCAGCUGAAAAAGAAGCCAAAUACAAAACAACUGAAGUACACAAAGACAUAGAUGUGGAUGUUGAUCUUGGAAAUCUUUUGACUUCAGACCCAAACCCUAUUGAUUCCAGGACUCUACGAUCAAAAAAGGAGGAAUAUUUGCGCGAUCUUGCUAGGGACAACACACAGAUUCUUAUUAACAAAAUAUGGCAGUUGCCUACAGAACGAACAGAGCACAUAGUUGUCGCACAGUUACCUGACCCAAAGACCCUCAUUCCUCGAGAAAAACCUGUUCCAAAAGCCAAACCAUUGACUAAAUGGGAGAAGUAUGCAAAGACAAAAGGAAUACAGAAAAAGAAGAAGCAUAGGAUGAUAUGGGAUGAGCAAUCCAAGUCUUACAAGCCAAGGUAUGGUUACAAGAGAGCAAAUGAUGACACAAAGCAAUGGAUGCAUGUGGUGCCACAGGAUACAGACCCUCUGGAGGAUCAGUUUGCAAAGCGAACGGCGGCCAAGAAAGAACGGGUGGCCAAAAAUGAGCUUCAGAGACUCCGAAACAUUGCUCGGUCACAACACAAACGAGUGCCUGGUGUGGGCCUCACCCCCACGGAGGCUCCCAACAAGGAGCACCUCAGCAAGGCUCUCGCGGCAGCCAAGACUUCCACAGCAUCCAUCGGCAAGUUCACUGAAAGUCUGCCCAAAGAGAAACCUCAAAAAAAUACUGGCAAAAAAAGAAAAUUUGAGGCCAACCAUGGUGAUGUGAAGAAGGAGAUGACUCGUCAGCUGGACAUCCUCAAUGACCUCCAUAGCAACCGACCAAUCAUAGACAAGGCCAAGGCAGCAAAUAUGCAGCAGAGAGAAUGGGAGUCCGCGAGAACCAAACGGAGACGCGAAGAUCCAGACCUUCAUAAGAAGAAGCCUACAGGGAAACGAAGCAACCAGGGCAAGAAGGGGAACCUGCGCAACUUCAAAGGGGGCUUCAAAAAGAGCGGAAAGGGGAGCAGUGGCGGAGGGGCCAGCUUCAAAAAAGGGGCAAAGGCGGGCGGUGGUGGUGGUGGAGGGGGCAAGGGAGGAGGGAAGAAAUAAUGAUGAAUGGGCAUUUUAAUGUAAAUGAACUUGUAAAUAAAGUUAUAUGGUUUG